AGACUAACUCACUCCCCUCUUUGUCUCCCCCCAGGACGAUGGCAGUGGUGAACCUGCAGGCCCUGAACUCACGGCUGGGCUACGCACGUCUGGCAGCCCUCUUCAUGACCUGCCUGGCCUUCAGCCUGGUGGUGCACUCCGGAGUCUGGUGGGGCCAGUUUGGUAGUUGGUGCCUCUUUGCCUGGUGCUUCUCAUUUGCCACCAUCGCCCUGGUGCUGCUGCUCGAGGUAGCAGGCCUGACGUCCAAGGCCCCUGUCUCCUGGCGGGAGGCUCCAGUCGCCCUGGCUGCCUUCUCAGGCCUGCUGUGCCUCUCGGCCUCCAUCAUCUACCCAGUCCGCUUCAUCAACAAAUACAACGGGUGGCAGGAGUACACGGUCACUGCCACUGUUGCCUCCUGCCUGGCGACAGUAGCCUACGCGGUGCAGGUCUGGCUGAGCAAGGCCAGGCCGGGAGAGGUGACCGGUUACCUGGCGACGGUGCCCGGUCUGCUGAAGGUGGUGGAGGCCUUCGCUGCAGGAGUCAUCUUUGCCUUUGUGGGGGAGACGAACUAUGAGAGAUACCCGGCCUUGAAGUGGUGCCUGGCUGUGUACUGCAUUUGCUUCAUCCUGGCUGUCAUGCUCAUCCUCCUCUUCCUGACUGGCCGUUCCUCCUGGCUCCCCACGCCGCUGGAGCGCUGGCUGGGGGCCUACGCCCUGCUGGGCGUCCUGCUGUACGCCACUGCCACCAUCCUCUGGCCACUCUUCUGCUUUGACCGCCGCUACGGCACGAGCAGCCGGCCGGCUGGCUGCGGAAAUGGCUGCUAUUGGGACAGCCAGGUGGCCGUGGCCGUCCUGACAGCCUUCAACCUGUUGGUCUAUCUGGCUGACCUGAUCCACUCAGGCAGGCUGGUCUUCAUUAGGACCCACUGAUGGGCAGCAGGGGGUAGAGAAGGUGGGGAGGGAGGGGGGUGGAGGGGAAUACAUGUAACCAUGUUUCGAUGGUGUGGAGGGAGAUUCACUCUGUGCCUGACCCCGGGAGUGUGUGAUGGGACGGUGUGGAGGGGGUUUCACUCUGUGUCUGACCCCGGGAGUGUGUGAUGGGACAGUGUGGAGGGGGUUUCACUCUGUGUCUGACCCCGGGAGUGUGUGAUAGGACAGUGUGUAGGGAGUUUCACUCUGUGCCUGACCCCGGGAGUGUGUGAUGGAACAAUGUGGAGGGAGAUUCACUCUGUCUCUGACCCCGGGAGUGUGUGAUGGGACGGUGUGGAGGGGGUUUCACUCUGUGCCUGACCCCGGGAGUGUGUGAUGGGAUGGUGUGGAAGGAGAUUCACUCUGUGUCUGACCCCGGGAGUGUGUGAUGGGACGGUGUGGAGGGAGAUUCACUCUGUGUCUGACCCCGGGAGUGUGUGAUGGGACGGUGUGGAGGGAGAUUCACUCUGUGUCUGACCCUGGGAGUGUGUGAUGGGACGGUGUGGAGGGGGUUUCACUCUGUGUCUGACACCGGGAGUGUGUGAUGGGACGGUGUGGAGGGAGAUUCACUCUGUGUCUGACCCCGGGAGUGUGUGAUGGGACAGUGUGGAGGGAGAUUCACUCUGUGUCUGACCCCGGGAGUGUGUGAUGGGACGGUGUGGAGGGAGAUUCACUCUGUGUCUGACCCCGGGAGUGUGUGAUGGGACAGUGUGGAGGGGGUUUCACUCUGUGCCUAACCCCGGGAGUGUGUGAUGGGACAGUGUGGAGGGAGCUUCACUCUGUGUCUAACCCCGGGAGUGUGUGAUGGGACGGCGUGGAGGGGGUUUCACUUUGUGUCUGACCCCGGGAGUGUGUGAUUGGACGGUGUGGAGGGAGAUUAACACAGUGUCUGACAUCGGGAGUAUGUGAUGGGAUGGUGUGGGUGGGUUUGGAGUAUGUCCAUGUGAGAUGGUCUGUAUAUCCUUUGUAUCACUGUUUAUGAAUUUAUCACUCACUUUGUUAUUCUGGAAUAAAAAGAACUUUGCUUACACCACA